AGAGAGAGAGAGGAGAGAGAGAGAGAGGGAGAGGAGGAGGGGAGAGAGAGAGAGAGAGAGAGGAAGACAAAAAGGAGGAGGCGUAAGCAGCUUCUGUUUGGGCCGGCUCAGACAUUUGGUGGUUCAGACUGGAUUGUGGAUCCAUGUAGACGGGAUUUCUCUGAUGGGGAAGGACCAGGACCAGGAGCAGAGAGGACCCAGGUCAAACUUGGUGAGCGGGGCUACUCUGGAACGAGACCGGGAGAGGAGGUACGCCGAGCUGUUCAGAGAGCUGGACCUGAACCAGGACGGCAGAGUGGACAUCAACGAGCUUCGGACUGGACUGUCUGCACGGGGACUGCACCGGGGGGAGGCAGAGGAGAUCGUCCUGGAGAGCGACCAGAACCAUGACGGUCUGCUGGACUUCCAGGAGUUCUCUCAGUACCUGCUGGCUCACGAGAAGAGACUGUGGCUCAUGUUUCACAGCCUGGACCGUAACCAUGACGGUCGGAUCGAUGUGGGAGAGAUUAAACACUUGCUGCACAAACUGGGAAUAAAAGUGACAACAGAGCAGGCGUCCAGAAUACUACAGAGUAUGGACCGAGACGGCACCAUGACCAUUGACUGGAUCGAAUGGCGAGAUCACUUCCUGUUUAACCCUUUCCACAACAUGGAGGAGAUUGUUCACUACUGGAAACACUCUCACAUGUUUGAUAUCGGGGAACACCUGACUGUACCUGAUGAGUUCUCAGAGAAGGAGCGACGUUCCGGUCUGGUGUGGAGACAGCUUGUUGCCGGGGCGAUGGCGGGCGCGGUUUCCCGAACAGGAACUGCUCCUCUGGACCGCAUCAAAGUCUUCUUGCAGGUGCACGGCAUGUCGUCUCGGGGGGUUAACCUAUGGUCAGGUCUGAGGGGGAUGGUAAGGGAAGGGGGCGUGGCCUCACUGUGGAGAGGAAACGGCAUCAAUGUCCUCAAGAUUGCUCCGGAGUCCGCCAUUAAGUUUAUGGCCUAUGAACAGAUAAAGUAUAGGAUUCGGGGCAGUAAAGAAGGAGGGAGUUUGAGGGUUCAGGAAAGGUUCCUUGCUGGUUCUCUGGCAGGAGCGACUGCUCAGACCAUCAUCUACCCCAUGGAGGUGCUGAAGACUCGGCUGACUCUGAGGACGACCGGUCAAUACUCGGGAAUGUGUGACUGUGCUCGUCAGAUCCUGAGGACGGAGGGAGUGCGAGUGUUUUACAGAGGAUACCUGCCCAACACUCUGGGCAUCAUCCCAUACGCCGGCAUUGACCUGGCUGUGUACGAGACUCUGAAGAACGCCUGGCUGCAGAGGUUCUGCAUGGACUCUGCUGAUCCUGGUGUUUUGGUUCUGCUUGGUUGUGGGACAGUCUCCAGCACGUGUGGUCAGCUGGCGUCGUAUCCGCUCGCUCUCAUCAGGACGCGCAUGCAGGCACAAGCAAAUUCUGACGGGGAACCCAAGCUGAGCAUGCUGGGACAAUUCAGACACAUCGUGUCUCAGGACGGCGUUCUUGGACUCUACCGAGGAAUCACGCCCAACUUCCUCAAAGUCAUCCCCGCCGUCAGCAUCUCCUACGUCGUCUACGAACACAUGAAGAAGUUGCUGGGGGUGGGACACUGAGGAAAGGAGGAGAGGAGAGGAGAGGGGAGAAGAGGGGAGGAGAGGAAAGGACACGAGAGGAGAGGAGAGGAGAGGAGAGGAAAGGACACGAGAGGAGAGGAGAGGAAAGGACACAAGAGUAGAACCUGUGGAUGAGUAAACGUAACAGGUAACACCUGAAACAGGUAAUAACAGGUAACACCUGAAACACCUGGUAACUUUAGAAAAAACAUGUUUCAUGUAUUUAUUUGAUGAUUUAAUUUGUACAGAAGCCCAAAGCAGACACAUUUUAUUUAGCUCUUCCUGCGGUCAGGGUUAAGGGUCAGGGUUAAGGGUCAGAGUUAAGG